AUGACAUCAUUAUCCCUGGAAAAGUUUUUCAUCCUGGUGGAGACCGUGGAGAGUGUGCAGGAGUCAGAAGAGGUACAUGUUAUUUCUAAGCUAUUUUUUUUCAUUUCAAGCCACAAUAUGUCAUUCCUGAAGCCAUUUUGGAUAUAAAAUUGAGAAUAUAGUGAUUCUUGAAGAAUAUACUGUAGCUAUAGCUUAAUAGAUACCUUACCAUGAGCUUAGUACAACUGCCUUCCUUUUUUUCUACAAACAGGAAAGAAUGGUUAGGACUGCUUGCCAAACUGAACCCUGGGUCCCAGAGUGUCCUUGUGCUGCGGUGGAUAAGAGGUCCACCGGGACCAUCACUACAGAGCUGGAGGCCCAGCUACACAGCGCUCACAAUCAUCUGUAUAUGACCGAGCCCUGCCCCUUUCCACCACAGAUCAUGGAGGAGCUGACAGACUGA